CAAAGAUAUCGCCAAGACGCUUGACGCAAGAAAGAAACCGGCCGUCAUGGUGCUGUAAUUAGGAAUGUUCUUAGAAGGCGGCUGACAAAAAUAUCUUUCUCGUUGCAUCGCUUCCCUGAUGAGGCUUUCAUCCUAUCUCUGACUCCCGAGAUACCAGCUCUGUCUUCGGCUGAUACCCUGUCCUUUUCCUUACCAGAUGUUGACUGCAGUGUAAGCAGCUUAUCUCUGCUAUGGUGCAAAGAUAACAAGCAACAAAAAGCCAGUUGUGUUCAGACAACCGCCCCACGAGAUAUCGAUCUGAAGAUUGGCCGUGGUGUAUCGAAAAAGAUAGAGGGGAGAUGGUGGGGGAGGGAUGACCAAGAGCCCAACCCCUCGUCUGACUUUGCCCCGCAACACCACGAUGGUCAAUUCUGGAUAUUUAUUGGUCCCCCAGUCUCACACAGAGUCGGACGAACAGAAAGGAUCUCCAUGUCGCUCGGUAUCAUAGCCCAACCUGUGAGCCCAUCCACUCACUUCUGCGGCACAUAUGAUGCCGGCGAGAAAUUCCGGUGCAAUGGGGAGUGUCGCCAACAAGGACACAGCCUCAGUGCCCUGUGUUUUGAGUUCCGAAGCAACAUCUCACGCAUAAGGCUUUCCCCAAAAUGGUGUAACUCGGUUCAACAUUCCAUGAUUGCCGGCUUUUCUUUAUUUGAACCUGCCAUCGGGAGCUGCUUCUGCUUGUUUGACGUAACUGGGGCCUCAUGGUGGUGCCGUAGAUCCGGGCGAGCCGGGUGUCCGUUGACGUUUUUGUCUUGGAUAGCACAGAAUAGGCAAACCCAAUUGCUUUGUGGCUUUUUUGGGGUUCGACUAGGCAGAAAGCCUCUGUCGCCCGUAUCUUUUUUCUCUAUCCAUCUGGUCCAUACUUGUCUGUAAUAAUCGAGAGAAGCGGCUCGUCCCGCGCAGCCCAGGGGCCAUGAUAAAGCGCCAUAACGCCCGAUCAGCGUCAGCCUCUCAAGGCAUCUCGAGGAAACACAUAUUGGGGCGCGUCAACGCCGUGGCUCAGAUCUGACCCACGUCUUCCGAAGCAGCACCGCAUUUGGGAUUUUGGGACUUUGCGAGGCGGCGAUUCGAAGUGUACCGGAAAGAGAGAAUCAAAGACUCUAACGGAUGUCUUGGAAUGUCAUGGACCCCUGCUAGUCACGUGUCAGUGACGUAGUGUUCUUGAAGCUGACGCCAGCCGAGCAAUCCGAGACUGUUGGUCGCAAAGUGGAAGGUCACUCUAAUUAUUCUCGAGGCCAAUUGUACGCGUAUCACCGGUUGCUAAAACGGAGUUUGCGAGUUGGACAUGGCUCAUGAUACCUUCAUUUCUUGUUUUCCUCCGUUGGUAGGGUCAGGGUGACAAGCAUCGAAUGCCUAUUGUUCCCUGUUCUUUUGAUACCGUCACCACAAGCGCGUUUCCCUGAAGCUUUUGUGGAAACUUUAAUUUGAGGACCCGAACCGCACUCGAACCUUUGGAUCUACACGUGCCGUCCUAGUUUUUGCUCGUAUCGUGCUACUUACGGUUCGUAUCUAGCAAUGUCGUCCACCACGUCGGCCGAUGUCUCGGAAGGUCCCGAUCGCAUCUUGCGCCCGCGCCCUAGGAAACCAGUCCAUACCCAGCUCUCCCACAUCAGUAACCUUUCCGAGCCAAACGGCGCUCUUGAUCCAAAUACCAAUGGUCACGCCACGGCUACCACUAGCGGCCGAUCAACACCAGUACCCCCAGAUGCUCCUCAGUCCGUCAAGGCGCUCUCUUCCGCCCGUAAGCAGGUUCGCGCAGAGCACCGCCGACGUCUCUUCCCCACCAUUGAGUUCGCCAGUCGAGUUUCCCACUUCGAUCCCAACAGCGACUACCGCGACUUCCAUGGCUUCUUCAACCUCUUCUGGAUCGGCCUGGCCAUCAUGGCCGUCACCACCAUGUUGCGCAAUGUAAAGGACACCGGAUACCCAAUGCGCGUUCAAAUAUGGAGCCUUUUUACUGUCAAGCUCUGGCAUCUCGCCAUCGCUGAUUUUCUCAUGGUCGCCAGCACAGCAGUCGCCCUCCCCUUACAAAAGCUCUUCCGCGAUGCGCCCGCCGGCAGCUCCCUGACCUGGGCCAAAGGCGGAACAGCCAUCAUGAGCAUAUAUCAAGUCCUGUGGCUGGCGCUCUGGAUCGCCGUGCCCUUUCUGUUCGGUUGGACCUGGACAGCCCAAGUCUUCCUGAUCCUCCACACCAUGGUCAUGCUCAUGAAGAUGCACUCCUACGCCUUCUACAACGGUCAUCUCUCCGAAGCCGAAAAACGUCUCCGCGACCUCGACGACCCAUCCACAGCCUCCCGCGCCCCAGCCUACCUCUACCCAACCCCCGAAAACCCCAUGGGCACCGUUGCCACCAGCCCGCGAAGCGCAAACGGCAGCGCCCAACAGCACCAACUCCUCGAAAAAGACGACCACCACGAAUCCAGCGAGGAAUCCGACGAGCUAGCCCAGCUUCGCGAAGUCUUGGCCAGGGAGCUCACCAGCCCGAUAGGCAACAUCACCUACCCAUCCAACCUCACCUGGUGGAACUACCUCGACUUCUUGUGCUGCCCAACCCUCUGCUACGAGAUCGAAUACCCCCGCACGGAGAAGAUCGACUGGCAGAACCUCCUCAGCAAAAUCGCUGCCACGUUUGGGUGCAUCUUCUUACUGACGAUCAUUUCAGAGGAGUUCAUCCUCCCCGCCUUGACGGACGCCUCUUUACGGCUUAACGACACUGUUGCCCCCCCUUCGCCAAGCGAAAUCCUCCUCAUCCUGUCCGAGACCAUCUCCUGGCUACUUUUUCCCUUCAUGCUCACCUUUUUGCUCGUGUUUCUGGUCAUUUUCGAGUAUGUCCUUGGGGCGUUUGCGGAAAUUACGCAUUUUGCGGACAGGCAUUUUUAUAGUGACUGGUGGAAUAGCACGGACUGGAUGGAGUUCUCGAGGGAGUGGAACGUGCCUGUUUAUUCGUUCCUCAGGAGACACGUCUACAGCGCGAGCAGGCCGUAUAUUGGCAAGGGGAACGCGACGGUGAUUACGUUCUUGAUCAGCGCGGUGGGCCACGAGAUUGUGAUGGGGUGUAUCACCAAGAAGCUGAGGGGCUAUGGGUUUGUGUGUCAGAUGAUGCAGUUGCCGCUUGUGGUGCUGCAGAGGACGAGGUGGGUGAGGGGGAGGGAGACGUUUAAUAAUGUUUGCUUUUGGUGUAGCAUGAUUUUAGGGUUGAGUCUGAUUUGCUCGCUCUAUGUGCUGGUAUGAUACCGAAACACUUAUAACCGUUUGGACCGACUAAAGCGAAGAAACCAAGACGGGCCUUGGAUAGGGCGUUUGUAGCGAUAAGAGAGUAGGAGAACAGGGGGCAUAUAAACAUAGAGAGGAGGGAAAGUGUUUGCUCACCUGCCCACCUUGAAGAUAAUAACAAUCAUCCUACCUGGCAUCUACUGUCAGUUACAUGUACACUACUACACUACACAAUAACAAUACCCAUCUGUUUUUUUUGGCGAGCGGCCAUCGGAUAUUAUUCAGUCAUAUAAAGUCUCAGGUUCGUUC